AUGGAUUCACCAUCGAGCCCAAUGCAUCCCGAUAAACCACCAUCGCAACUAAUGCUUAAGAAACGCAGAACGCGUAAAACGAUCUCCUCAAACGAUCCCGCCGAGUCCCUUACGGAGAUGUCCGUCCGGGGACUCAAUCUUUUCCGUUACGCGACGAUCAACGAAGGCAUGUACCAGUGCCUGGAAUGUGCCAAGGAGGGCAUUGAUAAGACAUUCAAAAACAAGUACAGCUUCCAGCGGCACGCCUUUCUUUACCACGAAGGAAAACAGCGCAAAGUGUUUCCGUGCCCGGUAUGUACUAAGGAGUUUUCACGUCCCGACAAAAUGAAGAACCACCUGCGAAUGACGCACGAGUUAAACGAACCAAAGGUGGAGUGUGUGCUUCCGAGCCAAAGCCUCAUGCCUCACUACAAUGCAGAUAUGCCGCAGUUGCACAGCAUGCCACUAUCUCAGCAGCACUUCCAACACACAGCACCAGUGCUAAAUGUGGUGCAACAGCUUCAUGACGAACAGAAGCGCCGCCAGCAGGAGCAGGAUGUGCAAAAAUUUAGGAACGUAGUUAACGCGAUUAAUCUUCGCCAGUUGCAGCAGCUGCAUCUGCAACAGCGCGCUCGAGAAUUGAAUCUGCAACAGACGCUGGAACAGCACCAUCGGCUGCAGCAGGAAGUCACACUUGGCCACAGUAUGCAACCGACUGAUCUGAAAAAGCGCAUAGAACCGCCAACCGUUUCGUAUUGA